UUCCAAGGGCGGGAGCCGCGGGGUGGAGCCAGCGCCCUCAGCGCGCUGAGGUCUGCGGGAACCUCCGCAGAAGUCCCGGCCCCCAGGACCCCAGGACCCCAGGACCCUAGGACCCAGUGGCGCAGCCGGCAGCCCCGGAUCCCUGAUCUGCUCGGGCAGCUCCCGCGGAACCUGGAACAGUGAAUGCGUAGGGGACGCCGGGCGUGCAGAAGGCGGGCAGUGUGGAACAUGCCUUCAUUACCCCCAGCUUCUGCUGCCCGAGGCUGCACCCACCUGUGCCCAUGGCCUGCACGGGCCCGUCACUUCCUAGUGCCUUCGACAUUCUAGGCGCAGCAGGCCAGGACAAGCUCUUGUAUCUGAAACACAAACUGAAGACCCCACGCCCAGGCUGCCAAGGGCAGGACCUCCUGCAUGCCAUGGUCCUCCUGAAGCUGGGCCAGGAAACUGAGGCCAGGAUCUCUCUAGAGGCACUGAAGGCUGAUGCAGCGGCCCGGCUGGUGGCCCGCCAGUGGGCUGGUGUGGACAGCACCGAGGACCCAGAGGAGCCCCCAGAUGUGUCCUGGACCGUAGCCCGCUUGUACCACCUGCUGGCUGAGGAGAAGCUGUGCCCGGCCUCGCUGCGGGACGUGGCCUACCAGGAAGCCCUCCAUACCCUCAGCUCCAGGGACGACCACCGGCUGGGGGAACUUCAGGAUGAGGCCCGAAACCGGUGUGGGUGGGACGUUGUUGGGAAUCCAGGGAGCAUCCGGACGCUCCAGUCCAAUCUGGACUGCCUCCCACCAUCCUCGGCUUCGCCCUCUGGGACCCGGAGCCUCCUGCGUCCCAUCGACGGUGUUGCCGGCUGGAGCCAAGGGCGCUCCCUGCGAUCCACCGACAGCCCCGCCUCCCUGGCCAGCAACUUGGAAAUCAGCCAGUCCCCCACCAUGCCCUUCCUCAGCCCGCACCGCAGCCCACACAGGCCCAGCAAGCUCUGUGACGACCCUCAGGCCAACCUGGUGCUGGAGCCUGUCCCCGGUGGCUGCCAGGAGCCUGAGGAGAUGAGCUGGCCGCCAUCGGGGGAGACUGCCGGCCCCCAAGAGCUGCCAAGCAGCCCACCCCCUGCGCUUCCCAAAGUGGCCCCAGAUACAACCUCAACUGGCCUCCCUGAAACCCCCACAGCUCCAGAAACCAGCACCCACUACCCGGUGGAGUGCACUGAGGAGUCUGCAGGCGCCCAGUCUCUCCCGUCGCCCAUUGUGGAGCCCGUCAAAAACCCCUGCCCUGUCAAACACCAGUCGCCACUGCAACUUUCUGUAGAAGACACCACCUCUCCAAAUACCAAGCCGUGCCCACCUACUCCCACCACCGCAAAAACAUCCCCUCCGCCUCCUCCUCCUCCUUCAUCAGCCCCUUGUUCAGCUCACCUGACCCCCUCCUCCCUGUUCCCUUCCUCCCUGGAAUCGUCAUCGGAACAGAAAUUCUAUAACUUUGUGAUCCUCCAUGCCAGGGCGGACGAGCACAUCGCCCUGCGGGUCCGGGAGAAGCUGGAGGCCCUUGGUGUGCCCGACGGGGCCACCUUCUGCGAGGAUUUCCAGGUGCCCGGGCGUGGGGAGCUGAGCUGCCUGCAGGAUGCGAUAGACCACUCAGCUUUCAUCAUCCUACUUCUCACCCCCAACUUCGACUGUCACCUGAGCCUGCACCAGGUGAACCAAGCCAUGAUGAGCAACCUCAAGCGACAGGGGUCGCCAGACUGUGUCAUCCCCUUCCUGCCCCUGGAGAGCUCCCCGGCCCAGCUCAGCUCGGACACGGCCAGCCUGCUCUCCGGGCUGGUGCGGCUGGACGAACACUCCCAGAUCUUCGCUAGGAAGGUGGCCAACACCUUCAGGCCCCACAGGCUUCAGGCCCGAAAGGCCAUGUGGAGGAAGGAACAGGACGCCCGAGCCCUGCGGGAACAGAGCCAACACCUGGACAGUGAGCGGAUGCAGGCAGCGGCCCUGAACGCGGCCUACUCGGCCUACCUCCAGAGCUACCUGUCCUAUCAGGCACAGAUGGAGCAGCUCCAGGUGGCUUUUGGGAGCCACAUGCCAUUUGGGACUGGGGCACCCUUUGGGGCUCGAAUGCCCUUUGGGGGCCAGGGGCCCCUGGGAGCCCCUCCAUCCUUUCCCACUUGGCAGGGGUGCCCGCAGCCGCCGCCCCUGCAUGCGUGGCAGGCUGGCACCCCACCACCGCCCUCCCCACAGCCAGCAACCUUCCCACCGUCACUGCCCUUCUCACAGCCACCAGCCUUCCCUACGGCCUCACCUGCACCCCCUCAGAGCCCAGGACUGCAACCCCUCAUUAUCCACCAUGCACAGAUGGUACAGCUGGGGCUGAACAAUCACAUGUGGAACCAGAGAGGGUCCCAGGCGCCCGAGGACAAAACACAGGAGGCAGAAUGACUGUGUGUCCUUUGACCUGACCACCUGGGGAACACACCUGGACCCAGGCAUCAGCUUUGGGCAGGACCCCAUAGACCAUUCCGGUCUGCCCUGCGCCCUGUGGACAGUGGAAGAUGAGGUCAUCUGCCGCUUUCAGGACAUUGCCUGGGAGCCCUUCAUUUAGGACAAAAGGAGCGCGAUAAUGACCUGGCUUUCAGGGUGGUCAGAACUGGAUACCGUGUUUCCAAUUCCAAUCUCUAUUUUUGGGUGAGGGGUCUUGGUGGUGGGGGUAUUGCUACGGUCUUUUAAUUAUAAUAAUAUUUAUUGACUGCUUCCGCAGCGCCAUUGUCUUCUGGGACACCUUCUGCCCAGCUAUUUAUUAUAAAACACGUGGCUCCCGCUUCUGCAAAAGGGAAACGGAAGCGGGAAGUGCACGCUUUUUCUUGGAGGGCGUAAACCAGGAUCCAUCCUCAUCCCAUUGGUCAGAAUAUAAUCACAUGGCCCUGCUCCUGCGGCAAGGAACCCUGGGAAAUGUAGUCCUUUCUAAGCGGCCAUGUGCCUCGCCGAGUCUGGGUUCUAAUACCAGGAAAGGUGGAGGGAAAAGAUACUGUUGAGAGCGGGGAGGGUGCAGCCUGGGCAACAUGGUGAGACCCCGUCUCUUCAAAAACACAAAAAUUAACUGGGUGUGGUGGUGCACGCCUAUAGUCCCAGCUACUCAGGACACUGAGGUGGGGAGAUUGCUUGAGCCCAGGAGGUGAAUGCUGCAGUGAGCUAUAAAUGAAUGAAUGAGUGAAUGAAUGAACGAGUGAGUGAAUGAAUGAGUGACUGAAUGAAUGAACGAGUGAGUGAAUGAACGAAUUAGUGAAUGAAUGAAUGAGGAAUGAAUGAAUAAGUGAGUAAAUGAAUAAGUGAGUGAAUGAAUGGAUGAGUGAAUGAAUGAAUGAAUGAGUGAACGAAUGAGUGAGUGAAUGAAUAGAUGAGUGAAUGAAUGAACGAGUGAGUGAAUGAAUGAAUGGAUGAGCGAACGAAUGAAUAAAUGAAUGAAUUGGAAUAAAUGCCACUGGGGGACAUUUAGCAGUUUUGCUGCAGCCCUUCCUUUUUCUUUGGGGUCUGCCUUGAUGCCCCCACCAAGGUUGGACUCUGAUGCCACUGUGUGAUGCUGAGCAAGUGCCUCACCUUUCGGAGUCUCUGCUUUUUCAUCUGAGAAAUGGGUCUGUGGAGGCUGUUGUUUCAAGGCCUCAGCGGAUGAUAUGCAGAACCACAUAAAUAUCAGGUACACCGUAUCUGGGUAGCAGGUGCAGCGCUCAUUAAGUGGGGGGACCCACAUGGAAGGGAUUCAUAUUUUUCAGGGUGACAGAUCUUCUAAGAAUAAGAAUGGAGCCAAGGUUUGCUGGACACUUAACAUUUAUUGAUUCUGGAUUAUAAAUAAAUAAGUACAUACGUAAACAA